AUGACCCCACACACAACCAGCCGCUCCGUCGUGGUGGCCACUCUCGCCCUGGUGGUUGUGGCCCUCUUCGUCUUCCCCGCCUCCUCCACCACUACCACCGCCACAACGACUGACUUCUUCUUCGGCCCGACGGCCCCGGUUGCGGCGGCCACCUACAACGUGAGCCUGUGCCAGAGCUGCGCGCUGGUCAACAAAAAGUACGAAGUGUGCGAGCCCAACCAGAAGACCGGGCCAGUGUCGUUCGCCACUAUCGAGUGCCACCUGGGCGCCGGCACGUGGAUGGGCGAGGACUUUGUGGCCUACAGCGUCAAGCCGUCGUCGACCGACUACGGCUUCCUCUUCUUCAACGCCACCGCCUGCGUCCGGGCCAACGUGAUGGGCCUCGCCCGGUGCAAGCUGCACUCGUGCUGCCUGGCCACGUUCACCCUCGAUGGCACCACCUACGGCGGCUUCCAGGUGGACCCGCAGCCCAUCCCAUCGCCCACCAAGAGCGGCGGCGGAGGUGGCGGCGGAGGUGGUGGCGGCGACGACUUCCCGGUGUGGGCCAUCAUCGUGAUCGUGGCGGGCGGUGUGGGCCUGGUGCUGGUCGCCGCCGGCGUCGGUUUCUUCCUCUACACCAAGAAGAGCUCGAGCUACCAAACCCUCUAG